AUGGCCACAUCCUUGUACUUUGAGAACGGCCGCAGCACUGCAGAUGUCACGGAUAGUGACCUGCAAGUGACGUUCAGACGGAGCGCAACCUUACAGGAAGUGCUACAAGAGUCCCUGAACAUGCUCCUUGCAUGCGUUCACGAGCUCCGGGAGUAUGGACUCUACCUACGGUCCAUGCCGGCAAAAGCAGCCUGCUUGGUGGUUGCAGGGGAGGACGAGGCCAAGCAGCAAAUUGUUAACGAGAUCCGUGAUGAAUGGGGCCUGAUCUUGCAUAUGGAAAAUGAUGCUGCCAGCUCCAAAGCCCUUCACGGAAACUGCCGGCAUGUCUUGCACCAGCAGCUGCGAGAGAUCUGCACCGUGCUGGAAAAGAAUGAGUGGGCUUUAGAGCCUGAGUGUGUGGACCUGGCAACUGCUUGGUUCCCACCCUUUGCCUGUUCCGCCAAUCUUGAGUGCAUCUUUGCAGAAAUGCAAAGUGCAAUCAAGACGGCCAACAAGCAAGAAGGAGGGAGCAUGGCAAGUCUGAUGGCAGUGGCCAUUAGAUCCUUGAGUCGCAGAGUGUGUGUAGACGAGCACGCACCAACCCCACUGCAAUUGGAGGAUGCCGACUGGGAAGGAAAAGUUGCAGAGGGCCUGAAAAGCAAACUGUGGCAGGGACUGGACCCUUGCGACGAAAGCCAGCACUUCUGGACAAGCGCCUGCUUGUCUUCUGGAAUGCUGGUCAAAAGCAAAGAUUCUUUCUACCUCUGCACUGGACGAACUCCAUGCCUGGCGAAGGCGCUGAAGAUGAAAGAACUUUCGUUCUCUUUCAAAGGGUCUUUGCCGGCCUGCGGCGUGAAUGAGACCUCCAUUCCCGUACGAUCUUUGACAAAGACUGUCAUGGACGACCCCCUGCACGAGAAUGAGGAGACUAUGGCAUUAGUUGAAGUGUUUCGCUACACCACACACCUGGCAGUGCCGUCCUUGGCCAAAAAAAUACGCUGCCAUUUCAUGUUGAGGAGAGCGAAGCAACCGACAACUUUGCUAUGCUACCUGGCAGACAGCCACUGCAUACUUUCGUUGACGGUGACCACGCUUGACGAAAUCCUUGCUACUUACAAUGUUCGAAUGCCAAAGACGACGACAAAGAGUGCUCGACUUCGCAAAAUCUUGACGUUGGAUGAGAUUGCACAGGGGUGCAAUGAAAACAACAUCCAAGAACUCAUGAAGAAGAUCCAGGAACGUGAAGAGUCUCUGGCAAAGAAAAAGGAAAAACAAACCCAUGAAGAUGAAGAGGCACACAAGCAUUCAGCAUAA